CGGCGAACAGUCCAGAAUAAGAAGAAGGCGAGGGUGAAAGGGGAGGGAGAGGAAAGAGGUGGAAGGAUGGAAUAGAAUUGCCGCCGCCGACGACGAGCCCAUAAAAUCGCUGGUAUUCUCUUCUCUGAUUACUCCCCCUCCGAAGAAGACAAAUAGAUUUAGCGGAUAAAAGAAGAGAAAGAAGAAAGACGAGGCGGAAGUUCCACUGUUUCAGUUUCCGCCCAGGGAUAGGAAAAAGGAAGAGCGCGAUACAUGAACCUAUUUAUGUCAACUAGUUAAAUAUCUCUACCUUUCCUUCUUCCCCUCCUUUGCUCGUUGUAUUGGACUUCAGCUGUUGUGUGAAGGUGAAAGUCUCUGGUCUUUCGCUCUUCAGCAGUGUAUAUGGAGAAACAAGAGAACCAAGGUGAAAUAGUGAACAUUGACGAGACAAUGGUGACACUGAAACCAGAGCAAAGCGGUGAAGGAGGAUUGUUUGUUCCUGGCAAGGAGAGGGUAAAGUUUACAGCUCCUGAGAGGAAAUCUCUUUUAGGACUGGAUGUCCUUGCAAUUGCAAAACGAGGCCGAUCUGAUGUGGAUGGAGGUUUUAAGGUCCCUGCACACAGAAUAACUUCCACAGUGGCCUCAGCUGACGAGGAUGAAGAGAACGACACUUCUGAAAUAGAUGAGGCAGGAGCAGUGAGUGCAAAUAAUAACGCUGCGCUGAAGCAUGUGAGUCGCCGAAGAUAUCGCGAAACAUCUGCUAGUGCUAGUGAGACAUCUCAUGCAGAAAGUACUGUGACUCGAGAAAGAUCAGUUAGUGACGUGUCUCGGAAUCAUCGCUCCAGGGGGGGUUCAUCUUCAUAUGAACCUAGUACCUCCCCUCGAACUUCUCAACGGGAUCCCUCCAGGAGUCCAUGGCGUCAUGGAGAUGAUUACGUCACUGAACGAAGAGGCAGAAAAGGUGAUGAUAGGAUUGAUAAUCGAAGGGACAGACACAGAUACGGCAGUGAUCGUGAAGACCGAAGUCAUGGAAUAGAAUCACGCCAUCGGUAUGAAGACGAUUAUGAUGGAAGCUAUGGAAGGAAACGCUCACGAACACCAGGGAGAUAUGAUUGGGAUGAUGGAAGAUGGGAAUGGGAAGAAACUCCUGUGCGUGAUGAUACCUCUAACUCAGGCCAGCGGCGUCAGCCUUCAAGGUCCCCAAUGUUUGUUGGGGCAUCACCUGACGCACGAUUAGUUUCACCAUGGUUGGGUGACUAUACUCCUUCGGCUGGCUCCGGUGCUUCCCCUUGGGAUCGGGUUUCUCCUUCUCCUAUACCAAUACGAGCUUCUGGGUCGUCAGAUAGGUCUUCUGUUUCUAGACGUGGUGGGAGAUCUCAUCAGCAUACUUUCUCUGUUUCAAGCUCUCAACCAUUAGAGGAAGGAGAACAGCCAUUCGUGUCUGAAGAACAUAACCCUGAGAUUACUGAGGAUAUGCGUUUGGAAAUGGAAUAUAAUUCUGACCGAGCAUGGCUUGGUGGGUUCUUGUAAAGAAGUUGGUUGGACUUUCAGCCAGUAACUCUGUAUUAAUUGGUGUCGGUAUUGCUCAGGUACGAUAGAGAAGAAGGUAACACAUUGUUUGAUUCUAAUAGCUCAUCAUUUUUCUUUGGAGACGAAGUUUCGAUCCAGAAAAAAGAGGCAGAGUUGGCUAAAAAGCUGGUUCGUAGAGAUGGCUCCAAGAUGACACUAUCUCAAAGUAAGAAGUUAUCUCAACUUACUGCUGAUAAUGCCCAGUGGGAAGACCGGCAACUGUUGAGAUCUGGUGCUGUUAGGGGAACUGAGGUGCAGACUGAAUUUGAUGAUGAGGAUGAACGCAAGGUUAUUCUCCUUGUGCAUGAUACAAAACCCCCUUUUUUGGAUGGAAGAGUCGUUUUCACUAAACAAGCGGAACCCGUAAUGCCUCUAAAAGAUCCCACAUCAGACAUGGCCAUCAUUUCACGCAAAGGAUCUGCUCUAGUCAGGGAGAUUCGUGAUAAGCAGAGUCAGAACAAGUCUCGACAACGGUUUUGGGAACUUGCUGGCUCAAAACUUGGUGAUAUUCUUGGGGUUGAGAAAACAGCGGAGCAGAUUGAUGCUGAUACUGCUGAAGUGAAUGAAGAAGGUGAAGUAAAUUUCAAGGAAGAUGCAAAAUUUGCACAACACAUGAAGAAGGGCGGUGAAGCUGUGAGUGAUUUUGCAAAGUCAAAAAGUCUUGCAGAGCAGCGGCAAUACCUUCCUAUAUUCUCUGUGCGGGAUGAGCUGUUGCAGGUGAUACGUGAAAACCAGAUAGUAGUUGUAGUUGGAGAAACUGGGUCGGGCAAGACUACUCAACUGACACAGUGGUGUACUAAUGCCUUUUAUUUGCAGUAUCUGCAUGAAGAUGGUUAUACAGCAAAUGGAAUUGUGGGUUGCACCCAGCCCCGUCGUGUGGCAGCCAUGAGUGUUGCCAAGAGAGUUAGUGAAGAGAUGGAGACUGAAUUGGGGGAUAAAGUUGGUUAUGCAAUUCGGUUUGAGGACGUGACUGGAAAAAACACCAUAAUCAAGUAUAUGACUGAUGGAGUACUCCUACGUGAAACAUUGAAAGAUGCUGAAUUGGAUAAGUACCGGGUCAUUGUCAUGGAUGAAGCACAUGAGAGAUCAUUAAACACAGAUGUACUGUUUGGGAUAUUGAAGAAGGUGGUUGCACAGCGUCGUGAUUUCAAGCUCAUAGUGACAUCUGCAACUUUAAAUGCUCAGAAGUUCUCGGAUUUCUUUGGGAGUGUACCAAUAUUCCACAUCCCUGGGCGAACUUUCCCUGUGAAGACCUUAUAUAGCAAGAGUCCUUGUGAAGACUAUGUAGCAGCGGCUGUUAAGCAAGCCAUGGCUAUCCACGUCCAGAGUCCUGCGGGUGACAUCCUCAUAUUUAUGACUGGGCAAGACGAAAUUGAGGCAGCGUGCUAUUCCCUUGCAGAGCGCAUGGAGCAGAUGGCUGCGUCCACCAAGGAUGUUCCCAAGCUUUUGAUCCUUCCAAUAUAUUCUCAGCUUCCUGCUGAUUUGCAAGCAAAGAUAUUUCAGAAAGCUGAAGAUGGAGCUCGGAAAUGCAUUGUGGCGACCAACAUUGCUGAGACUUCAUUGACUGUGGAUGGAAUCUUCUAUGUUAUCGACACGGGAUAUGGUAAAAUGAAGGUUUACAACCCAAGGAUGGGUAUGGAUGCUCUGCAAGUUUUCCCUGUCAGCCAAGCGGCUGCCAAUCAGCGUGCAGGACGUGCUGGUAGAACAGGCCCUGGCACGUGCUACAGGCUGUACACUGAGAAUGCAUACCUGAACGAGUUGUUGCCAAGUCCAGUGCCGGAGAUUCAGAGGACCAAUCUCGGUAACGUAGUUCUUCUGCUGAAGUCUCUCAAAAUAGAGAACUUGCUGGAUUUCGAUUUCAUGGACCCACCUCCACAAGAUAAUAUUUUGAACUCUAUGUACCAACUGUGGGUGUUGGGCGCGCUGAGCAACGUUGGAGGUUUGACUGAUCUCGGAUGGAAAAUGGUCGAGUUCCCCCUGGAUCCUCCACUAGCUAAGAUGCUUUUGAUGGGAGAGCAAUUGGGAUGCUUAAAUGAGGUUUUGACUAUCGUAUCGAUGCUCUCGGUCCCCUCUGUGUUCUUUCGGCCCAAGGACAGGGCCGAGGAGAGUGAUGCUGCACGGGAGAAAUUCUUUGUUCCAGAAUCUGACCAUUUGACUCUGCUCAAUGUCUUUCUGCAAUGGAAGGAGCACCAGUAUCGGGGAGAUUGGUGUAACGACCAUUACCUGCAUGUCAAAGGAUUGCGCAAAGCCAGAGAAGUCCGGUCUCAGCUGCUGGAUAUUCUGAAGACUCUGAAGAUUCCAUUGACGACCUGUGGGCAUGAUUGGGAUGUGAUCCGGAAGGCGAUCUGUUCUGCAUACUUUCACAAUGCAGCAAGGUUGAAGGGUGUUGGUGAGUAUGUAAACUGCAGGUCAGGAAUGCCGUGCCACUUGCACCCAACCAGCGCCCUCUAUGGCCUGGGGUACACUCCAGAUUAUGUUGUGUAUCACGAGCUGGUGUUGACCACAAAAGAGUACAUGCAGUGUGCAACCUCUGUAGAGCCGCAGUGGUUGGCUGAGAUGGGUCCCAUGUUCUUUUCGGUCAAGGAUUCCGAUACAUCGAUGUUGGAGCACAAGAAAAAGCAAAAGGAAGAAAAGACUGCGAUGGAGGAGGAGAUGGAGAAUUUGAGGAAGGCUCAAGCAGAGGACGAGAGACGAAACAAGGAGAAGGAAAGAGAGAAGAGGGCAAAGCAGCAACAACAAAUAGCAACGCCAGGGCUGCGUCAGGGAUCUUCGACUUACUUGAGACCUAAGAAGUUUGGUUUGUAGAUGUGGCUUGUGUGAAAUUAACUGAAUCUCACAAGGAAGAAAUGUUGCAACUCAAUUUUAUUGUGGAGUAAACCAACUAGAAGUCACUUAUUCCCUGUAACUUUGCUACUACACUCACCUUCCAGUAAAGUGUUCCUCUUGCGAUGGGUUUGGAGUUUGGACAUGACUGUGAUGUCCGUGAGAAUUCUGAUACUUGUCAAGUGUGGGUGGUGAAAUUACCUAAGGCUGUUGCACUUGAUUCCGUUGCUCCUGCUAUUGUAAGGUUGAAGAGGUUGCGGCUCCACAUUUGGACGUUGUUGAUAACUUAAGGAGAAGAUGAUUUUGGAUCCCGAACAGGAAGUUGUUGUAAUUGUUUUCAGGCCACCUAUAGAAGCCAGCUGCUCCUUUGUUCAAGAGGCACCCCAUGUGUUGAGGAAGGAUUCCUUGUCUGAGAAAGUAGUUGAAUCUCCAGCAGUUGCCUGAGUCUUAAUUCCACUGUUAUCAAGGAAGAGAUAAAAAAAAAAAAGGUGUUUAAGUCUAUGAGUGAUGACAAAGGCCUCAUGAGUCAUGUCCUAAUGGGUUUCAUGAGGAAUUUUUCAAAGAUGAAUGAGACUUAAUUGGUAAGGAGGUAGAUGAUGUGAUCUCGGGGUGUAUGUGGAUUCAACUAUAUUUUCCAUAGUUUUCAUGUCCUGAUUGUUAUGGUUCAACCAUAAAAUACCACUAUCGGAGACUAAACCGGCAGGUGGUAUUUAACGGUUGAACUACUGUUAAACCACGGUUUUAUUAUAAAAUAUCAUACCGCUGACUUUUCCGGUACGAUUUCAUGGACCAUGGUUUUCACACCUAUGAUUAGUUUUGCAAUAAAUGAAGGCUUAUGUGGUUACUUUCUUGU